CGUUCUGAGAGAAAGAAACAGAAAGCGCAUGCUCAGGGCUGGACUGUUUCCCAGUCAGUCAUAAGAGAGAGAGAGAGAGACAGAAAGAUAGACACACACACAUACACACACAUAGAGAGAGACAGACAGACAGACAGAGAGUGUGCAUGAGUCUGUGUACAAUGUCCGCCAUCGGUGGGGCCUGCAGUCUCAAAUCUAACACCCAAAGCAACUCCCCACUUUGCAUCACUUGCCCCUGAGGCCUGUCUAUCUCUCUCUGUGAGUGUGUGUGUGUGUGUGUGUGAGUGUGAGAGAGAGAGAGAGAGAGAGGAUGGCCGCUUCGUGUGCCGCUGUUCAGGUUAAACUGGAGCUAGGCCAUCGGGCCCAGGUUCGGAAAAAACCCACGAUUGAGGGUUUCACCCACGACUGGAUGGUCUUUGUCAGGGGUCCGGAGCACAGCAAUAUUCAGCACUUUGUGGAGAAAGUCGUCUUUCACUUGCACGACAGCUUCCCCAGACCUAAGCGGGUGUGCAAGGAUCCACCAUACAAAGUGGAGGAGUCAGGAUAUGCUGGUUUUAUAAUGCCGAUUGAAGUGUAUUUCAGAAACAAGGAAGAGCCCAAGAAGGUACGAUUUGAUUAUGACUUAUUCCUGCACCUUGAAGGACAUCCGCCUGUAAAUCACCUCCGAUGUGAAAAACUCACUUUCAACAACCCAACGGAGGAAUUCCGUCGAAAAUUGCUAAAAGCAGGAGGGGAUCCAAAUAAGAGCAGCGCCGCAAACAGCAGUAACACCUCCUCUAAGCCACACAAAUCUACGAAAGAGCACAAGGACAAACCAUCGAAAGACUCGAAAGAGCACAAAAGUGCCUUCAAAGAACCUUCCAGGGAACACAGUAAAACUUCCAAAGAGCUCUCAAAGAAACCCAAAGAAAACAAGCCACUAAAAGAUGAAAAAACUGUUCCUAAGACAGCAUUUAAGGAACCAAAACCGAUGUCAAAAGAACCAAAAUCAUUGGAAAACAAUCCAGUAAGUGGGACAGGAGGCAUACAACAAGAUCUUAAGGCUCUGACCAAGAGACUUCCCAACACAGACUCUGAUGAGCUUUCAGUUAAGAAAAGAAAGAAAAGCAGUUCGGAACUUUUGUUGAAAAGCUUCUCUAAUGCUUCUCCGCCUGAAAAGAAACAUGUGAAGGACAAAUCGCACGUGAAGACAGCAAAGAUGAAAAUGGAAAAUGAGGUGAUUGAGAAAAAGAAACCCAGUUUACCACCCUUUGAAGAAAUUGUAGAUGCAAAUGACUCUGCAUUAGAUGAAACGUCCUCUAAAUCAGAGGAGGGAAAUGAGUGCUGCUUUGUUGCAGGAAGCCUUCACGCUAAUUCUGGUCCACGAACUAUCCAUUUGCUGAUUAGUAACCACAGGUCUCAACAGCCAAGUCCCACUGGUUCCAGUUCCAGUUCAAAUUCCAGUUCAAGUUUUACUCCAUCUCAAAACAACCGACAAGGUCCACUGAGAUCUAUAAUGGAGGACCUCCAUUCUGAAGACAAUGAAUCCGAUGAAGAUGAGAACGGAAGCCUAUCUGAUGUAGAGAGAUCAUUAAAUACUCAUUGUGGAAGCAGAGGACUUCGAAUGAGUUUGAGUGAUGGGAGUGACAGUGAAAACAGUAGCACCUCUUCGCCACCCAGAAGUGAAGCACCGCCAAUCUUGAAAGCCAGCAACAGCAAUAACCAGGUGUUAGAAGUCAAAAGCCCAUUAAAGCAAAGCAAACCUGAGAAAACAAUAAAGAAUGGUGAAUAUGACAAGGCAUAUCUGGAUGAGUUGGUUGAGCUUCAUCGAAGGCUAAUGACGCUUCGCGAACGGCACAUACUACAACAGAUUGUUAACCUCAUAGAAGAAACGGGACAUUUUCACAUCACAAACACAACAUUUGACUUUGACCUUUGCUCUCUGGAUAAAACCACAGUUCGAAAACUACAGAGUUACCUGGAAACUUCAGGAACAUCAUGAGGUCACUGGUCCCCGGCUACGAGCUGGAGAUUUGACCUCUUUAGCGAUGCAACCGAUGACUAGCCCUAUAGAGCUACUUACUGCAGCUUUUUUCCAGCCAGUCAUGCUUCUCUUCCCCUGAACGUGUUGCUGGGGGAAAAUACCAAGAGAUUCAACAGAUCCUUACCAGCCUGAGGAAUGUUCUGGAAGCGCUGGACCAGUGAGGUUCAUCUUCUCCUUUACCUCUCAUCCCCUGGAUAUUUGCUCUUUAAGAAUCUCAGCGGUCGUAUGUAUCUUUGUGGUGUCUACGUCCACAUGGCGAAUGAUGCAUGUGCAACACUGCCUUAGUAUGUAACUGAUCUAUCUAUUUAUUGAAAAAAAUACAUUCAUGAUAAAUAUCUUGGACCUUUGGAACACUACCAGACAUUGAGCACUCUGGUCACAUUUGUGGUCAAGGCUUAUGAAUGCAGUAGGAAUCGGCCACCAGAUGUCGUCUGGUGAAUUCAUCUCCAGUUUUUUUUGGUUUCCUUUUGUAAACUAGCUGCAAUCAUAGGGACACUAUGUAACUACACAAUGUUCUAGCCUUAGUAAUUGAACUGUAGUGCUUUAAAAUCUAUUACUGUGCACUGUUCAGAGAAUCAUUACCAGCUUCGCUAUGUUUUAAUUAGUUGUCAACUGACACAAAUGUAUUGACACUGGGGGAAAUGUUGUCUGCACAAUCGUGUUAUUAAGCAGAGAUUUUUAAAAAUAUUUCUUCCAGAUUUGAUUCAAACUUUUUACAGGGAAUAAGGGAUUUUGUGGUGUAAUUCUGCUUGCCCUUUUAAAGUACUUGACUCCUUCCUUAUUUUUAAAAGAAAUAAAAAUGCAAUGUUAGUCAUUGGCAAGUGCAGUUGCAUUACAACUGUUAUGCUCAUAGUAGCCCUCCCUCAGAUUCUGAAGUUGUUCUUUCAUUUCCUAGCGUAAACCUACUUCUCACCCUCCUGUUGUUUAGCUCUACAAACUCUGUGAAUGGUAAAUAUAUCUGAAGACUCCAAGAACUAACUGAUGAAGGACAGUGAAAAACCAUUUUAAGCAAGCUUAUCGAUCACUUGUAUAAAGGUUUUGGCAUAUCGGAUGUAGUUAAAUUGAUUUCUUUUAUUAAGAAAAAACGAUGAAAUGGGUUUGUCAAAACUGUUCUGCUUCCAAUUUUCUGUAAGUUUGUUGUAGAAAAUUCUCCAUUUAGGAUUAAUUAUUUAUUUGAAACACUCCCUUCACUGCCAAAUCUGUCUUCACCAUUUUUACCUAUUUUGGUAAAUGGUGCGUGUUUAUCAGUCCAUCCUUUGGAUAGUGUAAUUAUAUUUCUUAAAAAUAGAUCUUUCUUUAGCAAGUAUGUUGCAGUAAAACCAAGUUUCAAUGUUGUCUUUUUGAAGAGACCUUAACUGUUACUUUCAGUCCAAAGAUGGGUUGAAGUGUAGUGCAUUUUUUUAAUUACUGAAAGUUCUGAAACUGCUUCCGGCAGCAUAAGGUGUACUUUGCGGUGAUAACGAGGUUCAGACAAGUCAUUGUGUCCAUUACUUGAAACGUUACUUUGCUAGUAUACUUUUGAUGUGCAAUUCAUUUCAGAAAAAUUGGACUGCUUUUUUUCAAGGGAAGAGGGAUUAAGAGAACUUACUUCAUUUCAUGUAUGUGAUGUUCAAUGUAUGUUUUCAAUUCCCAUUUCACUUUGAUUUUGAUGUGUCAGUGGUGAAACCCAAAACUCUUGGUUCAAGGAAAAAUGCUCCAGCAGUCUUCAGAAGUUUAACUUGGUACUUUGUGAGUUCUUUCUAAUUUAACGUAGUUGCUUGAUCCAUCUUGAUUGUUGUGGCUAAAUUUUGUGGUACAACUCACUUCCAAAAAUAUUGCAUUAAAUUUUAAAGAGAAUCUUUGCUGUGAUUCAUCUAGUCAUUCCUCAUUGCAAAUAUUUCAUUUGACAAAAAGAUCAAAUACAAAGCAGUGAAAAGCUGUUGGGUUUUUAAGCAGGAUUCAACACUCCAUGAAUUAAUAAAUAAACAUUAGGUUCAGAUUCUGUUACUGCAAAAAAAAGUGAAUAUAAUAUAUACAGUUUAAAUCAGCAGAUAUUUUAUUUUGUAAUUGAACCAAAAUAGAAAUAAAUUGGUACAAAAGUGUCUGUACCAUUCUAAAGUCAACCCUUUUGCCAAAAAGUAUGAACUUAUCAUGUUUGGCUUGAUCCCUUAAGAAUUUGCUGCAAUGUUGAGUUUGCCACAAUAUUUAAUUAGGUCGAGUAUAUUACACUCUUUAAAACAUUUUUUUGCAUUAGCUUUUCCAUCAACCUUUUGUAU